AGUCAUCGUUCAGUCUCAGCAGCAGCAGCAGCAGUGCGCACACAACAUUCGCCGGCGCUUGUAGUUCCAAUAAAGAGACACGUGAGUUACUUUAGUCUCUUCUACAAGACAAGGACCAAACGAAUAUGAGCCAGGAUCUGCAAGGAUUUUAACCUCUUUAUUCACAAAGAAGAAAUCCGUUUAUCACCCUUCUCCUCCGGACUUCUCUUGUAGGCUACUCUGCCGAAGAACUAAGUUUGUCCUGAACAUAGAAGGGAUGCUGCAUGUUUCCGAGCCACACUUGCACUCCGAGGGAACGUAAAAGUACUUUAUUUGAUGCAAGUUGACGGCUAUACUUUUCUAAGGAACGAUUUCGGUGACUAUUACGCACUCGUGUUGGAGCGGUACGCGUUUGAGCGCGCAUCACAAAGUAGAUCCUUUCUGCUGAUUGAAGGCUGCGUUUGGGAGCGCUGCAUAAAAUGAUCCCAACGGGCGACGUGUUAUGUCGCAUCUCGUCUGAUGUUUGACACAUUUGAAGAGAAGGAAACUGGAGGUGGACAUUCAAAAAUCUGCCAAAGCCAAAUAAUCCACACCACCCGAACCUUCUUCGUUUUCUUUACUGGAGUCCGAACAACGACACCGCCGGCCAGAUGCAGUUUCGACUCUUCUCUUUUGCCCUGAUCAUAUUGAACUGUAUGGAGUACAGCAACUGUCAGGCGCCGUCGCACCGCUGGAGAAGAAACAAAAGAGCGAGCUAUGGAGCGUAUCCAAUCUGUAAAGGCUGCUCGGUGUGCUCCAGAGACAACGGCUGUGUAAACUGCCAGCCCAAACUCUUCCUGUUCCUGCACCGUGAGAGGAUGAGGCAGUAUGGGGAGUGUCUGCAACACUGUCCAGCCGGGUACUAUGGCAUGAGGAGCCCAGACGUCAACAUGUGCUCCAGGUGCAGGAUAGAGAACUGCGAGUCCUGCUUCAGUAAAGACUUUUGCACCAAGUGUAAAGCUGGUUUUUACCUGCACAAAGCCCGCUGCUACGAAAAGUGCCCUGAGGGUUUCGCCCCACUCGAGGACACCAUGGAGUGUGGAGAGGGCUGUGAGGUGGGCCAGUGGAGCGAGUGGGGAACGUGCACCAGGAGAAACAAAACGUGCGGGUACAAAUGGGGUCUGGAGACACGGACACGGCACAUUGUAAAGAAACCUCCCAAGGACACGAUACCCUGUCCCACCAUCGCCGAGUCCCGGAUUUGCAAAAUGGCCAUGCGGCACUGCAGAAGAGGGGGCUCGGGGAAGCACCCGUCCAAAGAGGAAAAGAAGAAGAAGAAGAAGCAGAGACUGCGGUUUCGGGCUCACAACCAGCACACUGACCACUUGGCUGCAGUUCGCUCCAGUCAGUGAGCAGUGAACAACUACAGACUACCCAAAUACUAUAAAGAAGAACCAACGCAAAGCUGCUAGCCACUGCUGCACCCAUAUCCUGUCUGACCACAAGCCCCGCCUCCUGCCCUGGGCCACCCCACUGCCUAUAGGACACUAGGUCACUCCAGUAUUUAUCUCUAAUGUAGGAUAUCACUAAAAUGUGCUUCACGCUGCUUUGUCCAGUCGCAGUGACCAACCAGGUGACCUUCGUCCAAGCCCAUCCCCCUGUUCCAUCAUCUUGUCGUGGGCCUUUUACAUUGUCAUUAACCGUCCAAACGUGAUGAAAGGCAGAGACUGUGCAGGCUGUGGGAGAGAAGGUGGGCUGAGAUGAGGGCGAGGAGGAUGACAAACAAGAUGGCGGAUGAAAGGGUAACCAGAGAUUUGGCUAAACAAGAGCGAUGCUAAAGGACUGAAAAGGCAUCUCGAACUUAAAGAGACUUUUUAUUUAUGUCAAAGCUCACCUUCCCUGUAGACAACGGUGUGGAGACAGAGACCAUUCCCAUGUGAGGCCUUUUAUGUUAUGUACAUUUUUGAGAGAGUAAUAUUAAAAAUAAAAAAUUACCAUGCAUAGAUGCAAAGUAUUUUAUUCUCAGCACAAAUUGUUUACGUUCUGACCGCUUUAUGCUCUAACUGUAUAGUGUGGAUAAAAAAGAAUUUAGUUGUCCGACUAGCAUGGCAUAAACAUGACUUGUACAUAGUUUAUCUAAUAAUAAAAGCUUAUUACUGUAUUUUCAGUAUUGACCAUUUCACCGUUCUAAAUGUUUUAGAGAUAACAAAAAAGGUUGUAAUACCAAGCUACAGAUUAAAAAUGUUAAAAAAUAUAACCGCCACAUAACUAUUCCAUUUAUAUGGUAUAUAUUUGAUUUAUUUAUUAAUUCUAUUCUAUUUUGUACUUUUUUGUUCAGUGAAAGUUUUGCCUCAUGCUGUUACUCUUAUAUGCUGAAAUAUUCGUUGACUUCCUUAUACCAGUGCAUAUCUUUAACAAGUCUGACGUCACAGUGAGUGAUUUAUUUGACCUCAUCUACUGAUUUCAAUGUGUUGAAGAGUUAAAAAUAAGACAGACUUAUUCAUGUUCUAGGUUUAAAAAUUAGGAUUGAGUAAAUGUAUGGUCAUAGGACUGCAUAUGUGU